AUGGUAAGUUUUGCGGAUGCUGUUGGAGUUGGGUACUACAGGUGGCCGAGUUCAAACUCAGACGUCAAGACGGACGUCAACGUGGCACCUCCGGCCCUCUGCUCGACCUCAUCUCGACCCCGCGACGAAGUUGCGGGCAGUUUUAGCAGUCGGCGCGGCCAUGCCAGUCAACUUUCCAUUUCGGACCCUAGCCACCAUGUCACGGAAGCGAUAGGAACCCUCUAUGGCGAUGAAGACGAUUCCGGAUCCGAAACUGGCGGUCGACCACUAAGUUUUAUCGACGGAUCUUCGUAUAACGAGCAAAUACAGCGGCCAGUUCAUCUUGAUUCACAGCAUCAUGCUCACGCCCGCUCGCGACAUCAACAGCAAAUGGACUAUGAUUCCCGCAAACCCCUAACACGCUCAAUAUCGGACGAACCGUACGGGUCACAUCCUUCUCAAGAGGAAAAUGGCGGCAGUCUCAAAAAGUCACAAACCUUGCACCUUCCAUCGCCGAAUCGUCGUAGCAGCAGGCAAUUUGAGGGAGGCUCAAAAAGCCCCGUGUCGCCGACACUCUCAUUGCGAGAUGUUCAGGCCGACGAAGCCGGCUCACAAUUUCCUCUCACCAAUAUUGACAACCCAAAUGACAUUGCCCAAGAAUUGAGCAACCUCCAAGCUCUCCGACGCAUGUCCAUGGACGUCGGAAACAGUAUUGAUCCUGACAUGCCACCUAUGGGGCUUUCCGCCAUGCCUGUCAUAGCGCCUUCCGGAGACGAUGACGAGAAUGAUCCUUCAAGACUGUUAUGGGUUCCGGCUAGAGUGCACCCUGAACUCGCCCCGAGUGAAUUCAAAUCUUUUCUGGAGAAGCGGGUGCAGUCAAUACGAAGGAGAUCUGGCGAGACCCUUCUGUCAGCCGAAGGCGCAGAUUUGAAUCGUAGCGAUUCAGGCUCUUUGAGGCGAAGGAAGUCGAUGCUCUCGCGACAGAUUGAUACUUCCGCCGGACAGGGGGCAGUGGGAUAUGUCGAUGGUGCUGACCGGCUGGAACGCAAACGGUCCAGCGCAAGUAGCAACAGCCCCGAAUUGAGCCUGGAUGAGUUGGUAAAAGAUCCUACUCGAGCUGUUCAAAAGUUUGCACAAGAAGCACAGGGUUCUCCCAGCGGAGAGACAGGAAAUUCUGAUGAUAUGCCAAUUCUGCCCAUGGCACCUGGGAUGGGCCUCAGACGAUCCACAAGGACAACGUAUCGCAAAGGCGGCAGUUUACGAUCUGGCGAUUGGGUACCCUUCUCCAAGCGCAUCGCCCAACGGCAACAGGAGGGCGAAUUGCCUGAUAUGCCUAGUGCACCCCCGGGACACUCACUCAAUAGGGUACAAUCUGAGCCUACAGCAGAAAACUACUCGCGACCAACCCGAUCUGUUAGACGUCAACAAAAUUUUGCCCAGGACUCACCCUCUGGAAGGACACUUACCGAUAGAACUUCUCCAAACGAAGACGACGUGCGGGUUACUUCACCACCUCCCGCGCAAGAGCAGCUUCAUGUGCACACAAACUCGACACCUCCCAUUGUUUCAAACCCAGAAGCCGAGCCGCGAGACCACGACCGUGACCAUGCGAGCGAUCAGUUGUCAAGGACGUUCCCUCAAAGGUCCUCAUCGCAGACUACUGGAUAUUCACAACAGGAGGCCAACCCACAAACACCUGAAGUUGUGGUGGAAGACCCUCCUCUUUCCCAACCUGGUAGACAAUCGACACCCGCUGCUAAUAACUAUAACUCUCAAAAACCGGUUCAGCCAGCUCAGUACUCCCUGAAAUCUCAGCCAGCCUCACAACAACAAUCGCAUAAUGACAGCUAUGGGUCGCCAUCUUCAUCCCUUCUGAGCGGCGACUCCUCACGAACCGACAAUCUUACUGUUAUCCCCACCUUCAACCAAAUCGACAAGAAGUCGGAUCGGAAAUCAAAGAAAGAUAGGGACGACGACACUGCUAGCACAUCAUCAAGCAAAUCUGGCAGCGCAUGGAAAUGGUUCAAAGGCGUCACUGACGACAAGGAGAAGAAGAAGGAAGAGAGCAAACGAGCCAAAGCCAAGGCACUCGUCGAGAAAGCUUCGGAUAAUGCCAGGCUAGACGUUAUUCAAUCAUCUAUAGACAAAACUCCUGCAAAGGGACGCGAAAGUCUCGUUUUGGAUAGGGAUAACGUUGACAACAGGUUGCUGGAGGAGCGGAAGAAAGAGAGUCAUCGAAAGAGCGAUUCAAAGAAGGACAAGGAUGGCAGUAUCUUCUCAUCAAUAUUUGGCGGCAGCAAACGGAAAGAAGAAAAGGAAAGGGCAAGCAAGAAAAGCCAGCAUCUCCAGGUUCCAGAGGAGCCGGCUUACAAGCCUAUGCUGCCCGACGUGGAUUACAAUUGGACCCGUUUCCCAUUGUUGGAAGAGAGGGCUAUCUAUCGGAUGGCUCAUAUCAAACUGGCCAAUCCUCGGCGUCCACUGCUAAGUCAAGUGCUGCUCAGCAAUUUCAUGUAUAGUUACCUGGCUAUUGUUCAGGCUAUGCACCCUCAGAUGAACGUGCCGACCUCGCCACAACAGAAACGGCUUGAAGAAGAGGCUCGACGAAAGAGACAAGAACAAGAGUAUCUUGCUCAGCAGCAAAUGGACGACGAAGAUGCUGACAACAGCUUGGAGCAAUACAAUUUUGACUAUCACAGAGCUGCUGUGCAGUAUGCUGAGUCCGGAUCUGAUGGCCAAGUGGACUAUGUUGACGAAGCUCAAAUCUACGAAGACGAGCACGGAAACGACAACAAUGACGACUAUGGUUAUGAUAACCAGGACGGCUAUGGCCACAGCGUCAAGGAUUACUACCAAUAUCAAGGCAAUGAUUCGGACCACCGCCGUCAUGGUGGCGAUAGUAUGUGGUAA